AUGGGAGACUACACACCGAUCGCACUUCAGCACGUCAACUUGACAGUCCCACCGGGUAAGCUACAGCUUGCAACAGAAUUCUAUGGUGAAGUGAUCGGAUUUCACUCGGAUCCCGUGCCGGCUCUCCAGAGGGACAUGUUGUUAUGGUUCCGUAUAGGCAACGGACCUCAGCAGAUCCAUGUCGCUUUCGAAAAAGACCCCACUCAUCACUCUACUCAAUCCAGUCGUCAUCCCUGCUUCCAGCUAUCUUCCCCUGAGGCGCUCUUAGCUUUACAAAAGCGAAUCUGGGAGCAUCACAAAUCCGGUUCACAGGCCGCCGCACUUGAGUGUGAUGAGCCUGGCAAGGAGAAUUCAGGAGCGAAAGGUGCCGAGUAUCCUACGCGUUUCUUUGCCAGAGAUUACGCUGGAAAUCGCCUCGAAUUCUCAGCUAUCCAGUCUCAAUAG